AUGGCGCUUCGCGUUCAGUUCGAGAACAAUAACGAUAUCGGGUGUUUCGCCCGACUCACGAACGCUUACUGCCUGGUAGCCGUCGGCGGAAGUGAAGCGUUCUACUCGGCGUUCGAAGCGGAGCUUGCGGAUCAUAUUCCUGUCAUUCACGCUUCUGUCGCUGGUUGCCGCAUCAUCGGCCGGCUGUGCGUGGGUAAUAAGCACGGCCUACUGCUUCCGAGCACCACGAACGAUCAGGAGCUUCUACACAUCCGGAACUCGUUACCCGAGAGUAUCGUAGUGCAGCGCGUCGAAGAGCGUUUAUCUGCUCUGGGCAACUGCAUCGCUUGUAACGACUACGCUGCGCUGGUGCAUACGGACUUGGAUCGUGAAACGGAGGAAAUCAUAGCGGAUACUCUGCAGGUGGAGACGUUUCGUCAGACGCUUGCUGGCGAGGCGCUCGUUGGCAGUUACUGUUACUUCACGAAUCAAGGCGGCGUUGUUCACCCUAUGUGUAGAGUGGAGGACCUAGAUGAGCUCAGCGGCCUCUUGCAGGUCCCGCUGGUCGCAGGCACCGUCAACCGAGGCAGUGAAGUGAUUGGAGCGGGGAUCGUCGCCAACGACUGGCUCGGCUACUGCGGCUUUGCGACGACCGCAACAGAGCUAUCUGUUGUGGAGAGCAUUCUCAAGCUACGGACUUGGGCUGAUAACAAUGCAUACGAUUCGAGCGGUGCAUUCAAGUCGGCGCUUAUUGAUGCCUUGGCUUGA